GAGUCGCGCAUGCGCAGCGGCGUUUAUCUUUGUGUUUUUGUCGGUAUGGCGCUCAGUAAAACAUUUGGACAGAAACCGGUGAAGUUCCAGCUGGAGGAGGAUGGGGACUUCUACAUGAUCGGGUCUGAGGUGGGGAACUACCUCCGGAUGUUCCGAGGCUCUCUGUAUAAACGCUACCCGUCACUAUGGAGGAAACUGGCGUCCGUGGAGGAGCGGAAGAAGAUCGUGGAGUCGUCUCACGAUCACGGCUACACCCAGCUGGCCACCAGCGUCACUCUGCUGAAGGCCUCCGAGGUGGAGGAGAUCCUGGAAGGAAACGAUGAGAAGUACAAGGCCGUGUCCAUCAGCACCGAGCCGCCCGCCUACCUCAGGGAGCAGAAGGCCAAGAGGAACAGUCAGUGGGUUCCCACGCUGCCCAACAGCUCGCACCACCUGGACGCCGUGCCCUGCUCCACCACCAUCAACCGCAGCCGGCUGGGCCGCGACAAGAAGAGGACCUUCCCCCUGUGCUUCGACGACCACGACCCGGCGGUGAUCCACGAGAACGCCACCCAGUCCGAGGUCCUGGUCCCGAUCCGUCUGGACAUGGAGAUCGAAGGCCAGAAGCUGCGGGACGCCUUCACCUGGAACAUGAACGAGAAGCUCAUGACCCCCGAGAUGUUUGCCGAGAUCCUGUGUGACGACCUGGACCUCAACCCGCUGGCCUUCGUCCCCGCCAUCGCCUCCGCCAUCCGCCAGCAGAUCGAGUCGUACCCGACCGACAGCCUGCUGGAGGAGCAGACGGACCAGAGGGUGAUCAUCAAGCUCAACAUCCACGUGGGGAACAUCUCUCUGGUGGACCAGUUCGAGUGGGACAUGUCCGAGAGGGAGAACUCUCCGGAGAAGUUCGCCCUGAAGCUGUGCUCGGAGCUCGGUCUGGGAGGGGAGUUCGUCACCACCAUCGCCUACAGCAUCCGGGGACAGCUGAGCUGGCACCAGAGGACGUACGCCUUCAGCGAGAACCCGCUGCCCACAGUGGAGAUCGCCAUCAGGAACACAGGAGACGCAGACCAGUGGUGCCCCCUGCUGGAGACCCUGACAGACGCCGAGAUGGAGAAGAAGAUCAGAGACCAGGACAGAAACACCAGGCGAAUGAGGCGACUGGCCAACACGGCGCCCGCCUGGUAGCCCCGCCCCCCCCAGCAGGAGCGUGGACCUCCGGCUCCAGCUCGAACUGUGAUCUCCAUGUUCCUCCACCAUGUCCCUCCAUCGCCUUCCCUCCUCGCCCCUCCAUCGCCUUCCCUCCUCGUCCCUCCAUGGCCUUCCUUCCUCGCCCCUCCAUGGCCUUCCCUCCUCGCCCCUCCAUCGCCUUCCCUCCUCGCCCCUCCAUGGCCUUCCCUCCUCGCCCCUCCAUGGCCUUCCCUCCUCGCCCCUCCAUCGCCUUCCCUCCUCGCCCCUCCGCCUGCUGGCAGACAUCUCACCUGCUCAGGAUCUCCGUCAGUGUCGUGUUUCUCAUGGUUUAGGUUUUUUUUUUGUUGUUUUUUAUGACGAUGUUGAGUUUGGGCCCGCCCACCCUCAGCCAGGAGACCACUGACUCUUUAUGACCACAGAGGGAGAAGCCGCCGCCCGUCUCAGAUAAUAUAUUGUUCUGUUGUAUUUGUUGUCUUUUUGUACAUUUGAAUGAUUCUUACAAAAUAAAAAAGAGCAAAG